AUGUUCUCCGGUCCACAAGAGCUCGCGCGUCGACAGUCUCUCCUCCUUACCGGCACAGACGAGCAUGGGAUGAAAGUCCAACAGGCCGCAGAGUUCAAUGAUACUCCCCCUAAGGAGUGGUGCGACAUUCAAGCUGAGAAGUUCAAGCAACUGGCAGCUAAGACAAACCUUGCAAACGAUUUCUUCAUUCGGACAACCGACGAGGAUCACAAGGAGGCUGUCCGGCAUUUUUGGUUCUUGCUCAAGGAGAAGGGGCUUAUUUACGAGUCAAAGCAUGAAGGCUGGUACUGUGUGAGCGACGAAACCUUCUAUCCUGAAUCCAUGCUCGGCAGGAAGGUCGACCCGCUGACCGGCGAGGUGUCGCUGGCGUCUGUUGAGAGCGGAAACUCGGUGGAAUGGACCGAAGAGAAAAACUACCACUUUCGAAUGACCGCUUUGAAGGACCAGCUUCUCGAAUUCUACCAGCAAAACCCCGACUUCAUCGUUCCGAGGUCACGCAUGCGGGAGGUCGUGCAUUGGGUUCAACACAACUUAGAGGAUCUCUCAAUAUCGCGACCAUCCAACCGAUUGAGCUGGGGCAUUCGUGUGCCAGGUGACGACAGCCAGACCAUCUAUGUCUGGGUAGAUGCUCUCAUCAAUUACAUGACCAAAGCUGGCUUUCCGAACUGGGUACCGGGCAGAGAGACGGACGGUGGAUGGCCGGCCGACGUGCAUGUCAUAGGGAAGGACAUAGUACGGUUUCAUGGCGUGUACUGGCCUGCCCUCCUGCUGGCCGUUGGCAUAAGUCCACCCAAAAAGCUCCUGAGCCAUGCACACUGGACCAUGAACGGCAGAAAGAUGUCCAAGUCUCUAGGAAAUGUCGUCAAUCCUUACUAUGCCAUCGACCGGUGGGGUGUUGAUACGAUGAGGCUCUUCAUGAUGCUGGACGGCGGGAUCGAAAAUGAUGCAGACUACGAUAAUGGGAUCAUCGUACAAAGAUACAAGAAAGUGUUGGCGGGAACCUUUGGCAACCUCUUGAGCCGAGUCACGCGGAGUAAGGCUUGGAACGUGAGGGCAAGCGUGCAGGCCGCACUGCUGCUCACGAGCUCCCUCCAGGAGUCGAAAGUGGACGAGCGGUUUGUAGCGUUGUUCAAAGCCCAAACGGCCCGCGUUGAUACACUCUACCGUCAAAUGGACAAGUUUAUGGAGAGCCCGGAUCCCAGACGGGCUCUUAUGGCGCUCGUUGAAGUCGCUUUCGAAGGAAACAGGUUCAUAACUGAGAUGGCGCCCUGGGCCAUUUCAAGGGAGAUGAAAGAAAAGAGCCAGGAAGAACAGGUGAGGUUGAAUGCACUAUUGGAGCAAACAAUCUACAUCAUGGCCGAGACCCUUCGUAACAUGGGCAUCCUGCUGCAGCCGUAUAUGCCCGGGAAAGCGCAGCAUAUGCUUGACGUGCUGGGUGUUCCGGAGGAAAAGAGAACCUUUGAAUAUUGCGGCUUUGGGAAGGAUCUUGAUUAUGGACAGCCCAUGAGGUCACCCGCAAUCUCCAAUCCCGGCCGCGUGCUCCUCGUCCCGUACGAUCGCCACCAUGUCCCGCGGUAUCAUGUUUGGAUGAGUGAUCCUGCCAUACAAGAGGCGACAGCUUCGGACCCGCUGACUAUGGAGGAAGAAUAUGAGAAUCAACAAUCAUGGCGUGAGUCUCACGACAAACUGACGUUCAUCCUCUGCAAGUCAGUCGCCAUCAACGACGCUCCAGAGCCAUAUGUUGUGGCAGGCGAGGUGGACAGCCCCGACAAAAUGAUUGGGGACAUAAACUUCUUUCUGUACCCUGAUGAGGACGACGAGGCGGUCACAGGAGGUGCAAACCCUACCUACUGCGUCGGGGAGAUCGAUAUCAUGAUUGCAUCUCAAAAUGACCGCGGCAAAGGCCUAGGCAAGGCCGCGGUGUCAACAUUCAUGCACUACAUCUGGUCGAACCGGACGGCUAUCCUGCGCGAGUACCAGGCCACGGCGCCGCCUGAGCUCAAGUUCCUGAUGGCCAAGAUCAAGGCAACGAACACGCACAGCAUCGCCCUCUUCAAGAGCCUGGGCUUCGAGCAGGAGGGCGAUGUCAAUUACUUUGGAGAGGUGAAAUUGGUGUUGCACGACCUCCAUUGCCUAGCAACACCCUCUGAUGGAUACCAGGUGGUGGAAUUUAGACGGCCCGUCAGUUGA